GGCGUUUGCGUGAAACUAAACUGUCAUAUACAUGUGUGUUUGUCUGGUUUAUUAUUAUUACAGUUAAUAUCACAGAGAUCUGUCUGGAAACAAAAAUGCAUCAAGGGGGAUUUGUGUGCAAACUCUGUGCCCUGGUAGUAAUAUUCCACAUUGAGGCUGUGGGGCAAUGCCAAGGGAUGAGUGAACAUGGCAGCCUUCUUUCUGCAGGAUCUCCUGAGCGAAUCGCCUUCUACGCCUUGCGAAGCUGCCACCAGGUCCUUCACGGCGACAGCGGCGAAUUCUUCUCCCCAGACUACCUGUGUUCAAACCCGGCGCUCUGGUGCAACUGGACCAUCCAGGUGCCACCUGGGAAACGUGUGCAGAUCUACCUAGAGGACCUGACUCCAGAGCAGGCGUGCCACAUGAAGACCGAUCAGAUCCACCUGGACGAGUCUCCGUUGUCGGCUGGAGAGAGCAGUAUCCUGGAGCGCUGCUGGAGAAGCAGCAUGUACACGUCGUUCUCAAACACGGUGCACGUGGUGCAGCUCAUCCGCCCGAACCACAACCCUCCACACCGGGGGUUUUACGGGGCGUACCAGGCGUUUGGUCUGCCAAAGACUCCAGAUAUGAAUGAAGACAUUUCACCAGACCUCAAAAAGAAAGAGACUGAAGUCAAAGAUGCAGCGACGAAGAUCCCUAGAGAGAAAAGCUUCUCAAAUGAACUAGAGGAAAAUGUUGGCGUUCACAUUAAGCAUGUGGAAGUCGGUGACAUCAGCCCACCCCUGAAGGAGAUUCUUACAGUCACUACUGGAUCUUUCAAAGAGAUCCGGAAGAUCAGAGGCGAAACCAAGGACCAAGAACCCUUUCAUAGUACUUUACUUCAGGAUGAUGAAGAUGAAGUUGAAAAUCAGUCGCUUUCAGUGCCAACAGAAAUCCCAAACUGGAUAACUGUCGAGCAGUUGUUUGAUCAUGGACCACAAGCUUCCACCACCCAGUCGACCUCCACAUCCACAACGAAGCAAUCCACCAGAACGAGAGCACCAAAAAAAAAACUGUCUACCACAAAGGCUUCCAUGAACAAAACCGAUGUGAUAAACUUCAGUCAUUUGGCCACUCCUGAUGUGCCCAAGGUAACCAAGACCCCAACCCCAUCAUUUGAAGAUAUUCGUGCCGUUUCAAAAAAGAUGCUGGAUUAUGAAGAGCAUGCUGGAGGUCUUGCAAAGAACAAGACAAAUUCCAAAAAGAUAAAGCAAUCUCAUGGAAAUAAAGGGAAACCUUUUCCAGUCCAAACCCUCAGACUGGUUACUGAACCUCCACCUUUUUCAGGGGACUGCAGCAGGUCUUCAGUCCCCACGCUCCUCUAUGCUGUGUGUUUCCUACUCUGCUUCCUUAUCCUGCUGCUGAUGGUGGCGUUGGGUUUGACGUAUCGGCGUUCACACCGUGGGACGUUCCUACCUCGCUGCCCAACGCACAACAGCAGCAACUUCACGGACGACGACAUCAACAACAAUCCCAACCCAGGAAGUGGCGCUGAUGGACGUACCUCCAGAUCUCCACCUCCUCCCCCGCCCCUUCGCCUGUCUGGUGGAGCCCACGACCUUCCGUUGCUCCGCUUCAGCCCUUUGACUCCCCCUGAUGGGACUGAGGGCAAACUUUAGAAGGAGACCCUUUGAAAUUGCAUUGAACUGCACUGAGAUUAUCUGGCAGCUGCACUUGUGAAGCAACACGAUUUUUUUUAUGUUCAUUUAGUUCAAGUUCUGUCUCUCCACUGUGAGGAAAAGUAUGUUUUGCUAUGGAAUUUUUAUUUCUAUUUGAAACUGUUGGGUUUGUUGUUUAGUUUGAGCCUUAAACUAAUUCUAUUCAUUAUUUUAAGUUCUUUAGUUUUUAAUGUAUUUGAAUUGCUUGCAAAAAGUACUACAGCUGCUCAUGUUCUUGUGUACUUCCUUUCAGUCACUUGCUUGAAGUAGUAAGGUGCAGUUUCCAAUGUUUCAGAGCCACCAGGUUAUCUGCAGUUGGAAUAAAAAAAAAAUCGAUCAUGCCCUUUGUUUCGUUCACCAACCUUUUGAUUUCCUGCUCUUUUGCAUUUGCUUAUAUGUUUCUGCUGGGGACUGAGCUACUUUACAGGCUGAAAUCGUUUUGAUAUAAAGCCUGAAAUAACUGUU